ACAACAUACAUACACCAUGGCUAGUAUCUUUUGGCAUUUUGUUUUGCCCAUUUUUCUUGCUACCAUUUUCUCUCCAAACCCUACUUAUGGUGCCAAGCAAUCCAAAAUAAUUGGCAUGAAAAUGAAUGUGAUUGAUCGAUGCUGGAGACGAGAUCCCCAAUGGAGGACCCACCGCGUGCAACUGGCGAACUGCUCCAUUGGCUAUGCUGGCAAGAUGAUGAACAACAUUGGCAGUGACCUCAUCUAUUAUGAAGUUAUAGAUACUAGUGAUGACCCCAUAAACCCUAAGCCUGGUACCUUGCGAUAUGGAGCUUCUGUGAUUCAACAAAAAGUUUGGAUCACAUUUAAAAGUGACAUGAAAAUUACAUUGGCAAAACCCCUUCUUAUUAGUAGCUUUACCGCCAUUGAUGGCCGCGGCGCCAACGUCCAUAUUGCUCAUAACGCAUGCUUUAUGAUCUUUAAGGCGACGAACGUAAUAAUCCACAAUGUUCGGAUCCAUGAUUGUAAAGCACAAGCUCCGGGUUUGGUGAUGGGUCCAAAUGGGAAGGUGAUUUCAUUGGGUCAAGUUGAUGGCGAUGCCAUUAGACUAGUCACUGCUUCAAAGAUUUGGAUUGAUCAUAAUACACUUCAAGAUUGCGAAGAUGGUCUUCUUGAUGUUACACGGGGUUCCACUGAUGUCACCAUCUCCAAUAACUGGUUCCGGAACCAAGAUAAGGUUAUGCUUCUUGGCCAUGAUGAUGGAUAUAUUAGAGACCAGAAUAUGAAAGUUACUGUUGUGUACAAUCAUUUUGGACCAAAUUGUAACCAGCGUAUGCCAAGGAUCCGUCAUGGAUAUGCACAUGUAGCAAACAAUCUUUAUCAGGGAUGGAUGCAAUAUGCUAUUGGUGGAAGCAUGGGACCUAGCCUCAAAAGCCAAUCUAAUCUCUUUAUAGCACCCGAAUCUGGGAACAAGGAGGUGACAUGGAGAAAAGGCAACAGCGAAAAUGGGAACAUGUGGGAAUUCCAUUCAGUUGGGGAUGCUUUUGAAAAUGGAGCUUCUUUCACGGUAACAAAAGGAGGACGUGUGCCAAAGCCAAAUUAUAGUGAGGAACAAUAUUUUAAGGUUCUUGAUGUUAAAUCUGUCAGAUUUUUGACAAGAUCCUCUGGCGUACUAUGA